AACACCAAGCACACGCUCACAGAGCCGAGGAGAACACAGAGGCAAAUGAAGAAGACGAAUCACUCUGAUACUUCUUCACUGGUCAGACAUCACGACUGAGGUUUUUUAGUUUCCGAUUACCUCGACGACCGAAGCAGCAAUGGAGCUUCCUUUACUCUCUUACGCUAGCUCCCCUUCGUUUUCACGGACUGGCUUAUGCUCUUCUUCUUCUUCUUCUUCCUCAACUAGUUUAUCUGACUUCCCGGAGACAAGACGGAGUUUGAGGAUGAGAUUCAAUGGUGGAGAAAGAUCACGAAGCGUUAAAGUUUCCGCCGAACGAAGCAGCAGCGAAGGGAUUGAGAAGACAGACGGCGUCGGUGGCGGAGGAGGAGCAGGAAGAUUCUCCGGUUCGACUAUGGAGGUGACAACACUUGAUCGUGGCUUCGCUAAUUCCACCACCGUUGAUUUCCCGAUUUGGGACAAAAUCGGCGCCGUUGUUAGACUUACUUAUGGAAUCGGAAUAUAUGGAGCAAUGGCUGUAGCAGGAAGAUUCAUAUGUUCUGUGACUGGAAUCGACUCAUCUGGUGGGUUUGAUAUUUCUAUUGAUGCACUUCUUUCUGGACUUGGCUAUGCAACUCCACCAAUCAUGGCUCUUCUCUUCAUUCUCGAUGAUGAAGUUGUGAAGCUAUCACCGCACGCUCGUGCCAUCAGAGAUGUGGAAGAUGAGGAGCUUAGAAGCUUUUUCUUUGGAAUGUCGCCAUGGCAGUUCAUACUCAUCGUCGCUGCCAGUUCGAUAGGAGAAGAGCUCUUUUACCGUGUUGCUGUACAGGGUGCUCUGUCUGAUAUAUUCUUGAAAGGAACACAAUUGAUGUCAGAUUCUAAAGGCAUGGCAUCUCUGACAGGAGUAUUUCCUCCAUUUGUCCCAUUUGCUCAAGCGUUUGCAGCUGUAAUCACUGCCACUCUCACAGGCUCUCUCUACUUUUUUGCUGCUUCUCCAAAAGACCCUACGUACAUUGUUGCCCCGGUUUUAAGGUCACGCCGAGAUGAUUUUAAGAAGCUUUUGUCAGCUUGGUACGAGAAGAGGCAGAUGAAGAAGAUUUACUCUCCCCUCCUCGAAGGACUCUUAGCCCUCUACCUCGGCAUUGAAUGGGUUCAGACGGAUAAUAUUUUGGCACCGAUGAUGACGCAUGGAAUAUACUCGACGGUCGUAUUAGGACAUGGGCUGUGGAAAAUUCACGAUCACCGGAGAAGAUUACGUCGGAGAAUCGAAAUGAUUAGAUCAGAGGCUUCUGAUAAGUCGAUUUAAAAUCAACUAUAUAUAGACUCUAGAUAUUAAUUGGUUGGAGGUGGAUUUGUGUGUAUUUUUUUGGUAUGGGGUCGUAUAGUGAUCAUUAGGGAAAUUAGCUAGGACCUCUUCCAAUUAACUAGAGAGCUUCAUACACAGUAGAAUAUUAUACAUACUAUAUACUCGUACAUAUAUAAUAUCCCUAUAUACUACUUGACAAGUCAUCUUUUUAUUUUAUUUUUUGCAACCUUUUUGUGAUUAUAUUGAUCCAUCCAACCAACAUAUAUACAAAAGUUUAAGCAGUA